ACCCCGAGGAUGCGUGUCUGGAAGAAUACACAUAUUUUGACAGUAACCCUGUCAAAAAUAUUGCAAUCGAUAUAAAUUAGUUCUCAUCGAUUCUGUGACUGUAGGAAUGUACCAAGUAACUAUUGUUCCGUGUUCGUUUAAUUUAUAUAUAGUUACGUUCUUCAAAGUGAACUGAUUUAUGCCGAUCGUCGAUUCAAAAUCACAAAAAAUUCUUCCAAGAUUUUUAAAACGUGUAUCAUUUAAGGAAAUUGGUACAAAUGUGUGAGAAAUUUGAAUCAAUUUGAAAUUUCGGGGUUAAGUCGCGAAAGUUUAAUGUCGAAUCUCCGCGUUCCCAUCUCCCAUUUCCUUUCGAAAAUAUUCGUGUUUCGAGAAACGAUCCUUAUUUCUCAGAAAUGGGAACUCAAGGAAUCUGAUCUCGGCUUUUGAAAUAGUUUUAGAAGCUACGAGAUCGCGAUUUGUUUGAUCCUUUAUGCCGUUCCAAAUCUUAAUCUACGAGUAGUUUCUCUUAUAAGGUUAUACACGAGAGCACGAGUAACCAACGAAUAAUAAUCGAGAAAUAUCGUUAUACGAGACGAAGAGGAAUCGUUUUCGAAAUUACCUGCAUACCGGCGAAAACCAGUUUCAAGCAAAGCGGGAUAGGAUUUCAGAUUCUCACUGAUCGUUCUAGAUUCUAGAUUACUUGUAAACACAGCGUGGUCACAGAAUCCGCGUGACUCGCACAAGAGGAAAAGAAACGCGUAAUUUGAAUCCAUUAAAAAGAUCGAAAGAUAGAAGGUACCGCGACGACAUCUCGCGGUACAACUUCACGCGCGAAUAGGCAAGAACGAACUACAUGCGUUAAAACUGAUACUUUAGUCAAAUAAUUCGAACUGUUAAUGAAUAAAUAGUUUCUAUGAAUACGUGUAUGUUACGUCCGCGAUUUCGAUUGUUUUUGUAGAAAACUUCGAAUUUCUAGAAGUCGACAUGUUGGAGUUAAACUUGCAACGAUCGGUCGCCACUUGAACACUCACGAUAACCCACUUGAUUCUUAAUAAAACCAUUCAACGAUUCCACUCACAGAUUCAUAUCUUGGUCGAGUAUUCGACCACGCUUUUCUCUAUGAUAAAACGAGAACGGUUCGACUGUCGAUUUUAUUAGUUGGACCUCUACCAAUUUGAAAUUUAAGACGACGUUGUGCCACCUCCAGUUCCGAACGUUAACUGCCUGAUGUUGGACACGAGGCGUAAUUGUCACACAAAUCGCUUCAAUAUAUCGAUUAUCGGGUAUCGUUCGAUUCGGCUAAAGAAUCUCGCGGUGAUUUCCCAGUGCUGUGAAUACCAUGAGUAACAUUGACGUUCGAAUCUCCGUUGGUGCAGUGAAAAGAUCGAAGAAAAGUAUGAUAUUGUGAACGAAGAAUUGUGCCAUGACGAAAGAGAACACGAGCAAGAAGGAAACUGAAGAACUGAAGACGAGAAUUGUAAAGAACUUGCCAAAAAAUGUAGGUAGAGAAGACGAAGGAGCAGGUCGAAUAAAACCUACAGCACGAUCCCUGAACGCCAAAGUAGCGCAACCGGUCGUAAAGCGAGAUCUGAAGAAUCCAUAAACUGACUGAGCUACGAAAAUCGCCCUCCCCGCUAGCGCCACUCUGCCGACGCCGCUGUCCCCGAAUAAACGUCCACCACCAUCGUGAUCGCGUCUCCCCUUCGUGCUUCCUAGUCCUAAUUCGAUUCGCAAGCAACGCCAAGGACGGCCGCCUUUUCCGAAACGUGUCACGCUAACCUUCGCCAAUUUUCAUGUACACGUAACACGCGUAUAGUAUCGGCGCUGUAAAAUUCUGGCUCGGUUUUAUCUCGUCUCGUAACCGUUCGAAGCGCUGGUAAACGGUGAGCCGUGAUUUCAAAGAGUAAUUAUGCGGAAUAGAAGACAAAGCGGAGAAUCGCGAGUGAAGAGAAUCGCGAGGCGUUGCUCGUUCGUGGACAAAGUGCCCUAGUUCAAUGAUGACUCGGUGUCUGUGAGACGUGAUCUGUCGUUUAUCAGAGGACAGGUCGAUGACGUUAGAACACGAAUGUACACUGAUCAACGGGAUAACCCUCUGUUGAUAAAAUUUGCCGACGACAUGGAGGGAAACCUGACAAGCUCCUGGACGAGCAACUUAACUGCGAUGCUGUACCAGCUGCCUUGUAACGAUAGCUUCCUUGGAUGCAUCGAGGAGUGUAUGAUUGACUCAUCAGGAUUCGAUCAUAUGUGCACUGUGGAAAAGGGAACCUUCACGUCAUCGAUGACACUGUUCUGCAAGCCCUGCGAUUACUCCAACUGCGAUGUGAACGUGUCGUUGGUUCUCAGCGGCCUGGAAAGCAUCGAGGGUGUCUUUUUGUCCAGGUUACCGAAAUUCAGAGACUGCAAUGAGACGAAUUUCGAUGAUCAGAUUUUGGAAUGCACGCCAACGGAGAACGUAACGACAGACAACCUGACGAUCUCUUGUUCGCACAGAACAAAAUUAAGUUCGACGACGAGGGGCCGCCGUUUCGACUGGAGCUUUCUCUUCGUUGCAGUAUUCAUCGUGGCGGGUGGCUUGGGGAACAUAUUGGUCUGCCUGGCUGUGGGACUCGACAGAAGACUGCACAAUGUCACCAAUUACUUCCUUUUGUCUCUCGCCGUGGCCGAUUUACUCGUUAGCCUGUUCGUAAUGCCCUUAGGCGCAAUCCCGGGAUUCUUGGGAUACUGGCCAUUUGGAGUACUCUGGUGUAACGUGUAUGUAACGUGCGACGUGCUAGCGUGUUCCGCGAGCAUAAUGCACAUGUGCUUCAUCUCACUGGGCCGGUAUCUGGGCAUCCGAAACCCGUUGAGGACACGGCACACGUCCACCAAGCGGAUGGUCGGCUUCAAGAUCGCGGCCGUGUGGUUGCUCGCCAUGUUGGUCUCUAGUUCCAUCACAGUUUUAGGUAUAAUAAAUCCCUCGAAUAUCAUGCCUCGACCAGGGACGUGCGUGAUUAACAACAGGGCGUUCUUCGUGUUCGGUUCUCUGAUCGCCUUUUACAUUCCCAUGAUCGUCAUGGUGGCCACGUAUAUACUGACGGUACAGCUGCUCAGACAGAAGGCUCGUUUCGUUGCGGAACAUCCUGAACGGGAUCAAUUUCGAAGGUUGGGAGGCAGGUAUUUUUCGACGAAGGCUUCCUCCACUACUUCAACUACGGAAACCAGCACAUCGUCGUCGUCGACGCGAUACACGUGGAGAACUUCCGGCGGUGUCGGAAGCGAAAGGUGCAAGGGCGCGAGGUCGAGCAAAUCCCAACCGCAGUUGAAUUUCGCCGUGAACGGCGCCAGCAACCCGACCGGAAGUACGGCCGGGACGAAACUGAGGUCGAAAGUGGAUCAGGCUACACAAACGCCGGAGAACAUAGCCCGCGAAACAAGGAACUUCACUCUGAGGGCCCUCAAGUUGCAGUUGAACGUCACUCCCAACACCCUAAAUCUCAGGUUCCUCGCGGGACGAACGAAGAGAAGAUCGUUAGCUGCGAACGCCGUGGCAACGGAACAAAAAGCCAGCAAAGUGUUGGGUCUGGUUUUCUUCACGUUCGUGCUGUGCUGGGCGCCAUUCUUCCUUUUGAAUAUUUUUUUCGCGGCCUGCCCCGAGUGCUCGGUGCCGGUACACGUGGUCGACACGUGUCUGUGGCUCGGUUACGUGUCCUCCACCAUCAAUCCGGUGAUCUACACGAUAUUCAAUAGAACGUUCAGGGCUGCGUUCAUCAGAUUGCUGAAGUGCAAGUGUUCCAGGUCAGCAAGGCCGACGAGAUAUCGUUCGGUGACGGAAGGUGGACGCAACGCUAUGAGCCUGUGCACCCCGACCGCGCUUCCAUUGGUCAUUAGUCUUCAGGGUACGCCGUUGUUGACGCCAACACCGAAUCCGACGGCCACACCGGCCUCAGGAAGCUCCUACGUGACGAUGAUGCAUCGCACGCCAACGUCCCUUUACCGUGACAGUUUCCAUCAGCAUGAACACGAUCAGAAUUGUUGAGGAGAACCAAGUGUUCCAGGAAAUGCGAUCGAUGCCACGUGGAACACUCGAACGCCUAUGAUUCUUUCAUCGAGGGUUUUCUUCUUGAUCCGUGCUUUAUAGAAGAAUUUCGUCGGGAUUUGAUCGAAAAAUUUUGACGCGAUCCUAUUUGUCGGAUAAAUUUCUUCGGUAAAACUAUCGUCUCAACUUGAAACAAUUUUCUAAUUCGAUACCUGCAGAAGGUACAACAGAGUAUCGUAGAAAGAAUAGGAAAAUGUUUUGUCUUUGAACGAGGAAACUCGGAGCAAGCAAUAGCGAGAUGAAAUUAGAGGAUAAUACAAGAAAGAAAUGCAAAAGAUUCCCGUCAACUUAAAUAGCGGUAUUCGUUUUGUUUGUUUGAUCGUGAUACAAGCGUUUGAGUGUUUUAUUGUAGUCUCGAAUAAAAGCGUAGUGUCGAAAUGAAGGAAACGUUUAAAUUGACGUCGACGUGGAAUGCUCGACGUUGACGUUGAUACCUGCCGCACAAUUUUCCCUCGUGUCUUUUCAUGCUCAAUCGUGGUAAAGAAGGCUGGCAGAGAAUCGGGUAAUCUUCAAGUGCGAAGAAUACAUAUAUGUGAAUGUGAUAAAACAUUUUAUUAUUAUUUUCUCCGAACGAUGCGAACAGAUUGGCCCGGGUGUUUCGUCGAGUCGAAAAUUAUCGUUAAAUCGAUACGUAUGUUGUAGCGAAGUAUGGUUGUUUUAACGAAUUACAAGUAAAACUGUAUGGAAUAAAGAAGAAUAGCGGCGUAUCGAUUCCAUUGUAAUGGUAAUGAUCGUAUGAAUACUUUAUUCACUGAUCCUGCGCUAUUUUCUCUUCAAUACACGCCGGUUAAAAUACACUAUCGUCUGUGAUAUCGAUGGAAGGUUUCUUUACUCUGCUGUGCACGUAGAGACUUGUUCGUAGAAAUGUUAUUUAAUUAACGAAAUAAUAGCCACAGAGGCAACACGAUUAAAAAUAGCGUGCUCUUCUUCUGAAAAUCUCGUCGAUUUAAAAUUCACCGUCUCCGAAAUCUUCCACUUAGUGAAACUUAAAACAGCUUCCACGGAAGGGUCAAUGAAAUUUUCAUAGUUCUCAGCCAGGAAAUAAGUAACAGUAUGAAACAGAGAUGCAAAAAGUCAUUCCUAUUUUACUUUCAUUUGUACUAACUUUUAUUUGACAAAUAAAAAGUAUCCAUUACAAAUAAUUGUAAACUGUAUAUCUUAUAUAAUACACACAUCGUGAUACGAGCGAAUCUUUCUCACUUUUUCAUAUUUUCAUCUUAAUUGUGUACACGCAUCACUCUCUCCCUCUCUGUCUCAACUUUGUUCAAGCCUUCAAUGAUCAUAAUUACAAACUUUCUUCCACCGUGUCUUUCCUCGGCAUUCGCACACACAGGCACGCACGCUAAAACACACCAAUUUCUCUCCCUCUCAUGCAUUUCGUGUGUGUAUAUGUAUCUUUAUGUAUGUCUCUCUGUUUUGUUGCCGGUUUCUCGUGUAAUCCUUAUUACGUAAGUCGGUCUCGGGGUAAUGAAAAAAUA